AAGCACAUGCCGUACGCGAAGUACUUCCAGCUCGCGACGGUGAAGCCGGACGGCAAGCCCGCGAACAGGACCGUCGUCUACCGCGGCUUCCGAGGCGACACCGCGGACGUGACCGUCGUGACGGAUCUUCGAAGCGAAAAGGUGGCGCAAAUACGCGCGAACCCCGCCGCGGAGUUCGCGUGGUAUUUUCCCGACUCGCGCGAGCAGUUUCGAAUCGCCGGCGACCUCGUCGUCGUGGACAAAGGCGCGUCCUAUGUCACACUGGCGCUCGCGGGCGAGCGACGGGCCGCGUGGAACCGGAUGAGCCCCGGCGGGAAGGCGCAGUUCGAGUGGCCGACCCCGGGGUUCCCGCGGUUAGACGACGAGGAGGCGAAGGAG